UUAAAACCUCCACCAAAGCCUAAAUUUUUGGCUUUACUUGAACACAAAAUAUUGCGAGACAUGAAAAAGUUGGGCAUUCCAGAGGACACUUCAAAUCCACUUCGUCUGCAGUUAUAUCGUGAGAUAUUCGAUCGCUUUAUCGAAAAGUGCGUCUUAUACGGGCCACUCUUAGCUAAAAUCAAGAACCAAUAUGAGGAAUUCAUUGUGCAUUUGCGUAAAAAGAUCGAUGAAAUGCUACCGAUAAGGGAGCAUUUGUGGGUUGCCUCAUUUAAUGCUGACGAGAGCGUUCGAGACUUCCGGAACCAUGAAAACGCUGAAAUCGUUUUCUUGAAGUCAGAAAUGCAGCGCGACAAGGCCAAAAUCGAGAAACUGAAGCAGGAGUGCACAGAACUUCAAGUGACGGUUGGAAAUCUGUCUGCCAAGUUGGAAGCUCGGGAUGAAGCAUGCCGAGUGGAAUCCGAUGGACGCAAGCUUCUCAUUGGUGAAGUAAAUGACCUUACCUCAAGGCUACACGAAAUGGAGCUCCUUGUCAAGGCUGACACUGAUCGCAACAACGAAGACCCAAUUACACUUAAGAUCUUGGUCGAGUACGCGUCGUGCUAUGUUAUUCCCAUGCAAUACGAAAAAGCCACCGAGAAGGCAAAUGCCGAGCUAAAUCAUUACCGGUCAGACUAUGAGGAGAGAGUGCCGCGGACAAAGUACGACGAGGCGGUGAAGCAGCUCAACGAGAAGACCCUCGAGGUUGAAGCUCUAAACGAGGAGCUGGAGAGUGCUGCAAGUCGUUACAGCGUGCUGGAAGACCACUGUGCCACGCUGACAACAUGGCGCGAUCUCUUCAACACCCAAGUGCUAUACAUCACGCGAGUUCUGGCCACAAAGUCUGACCCUGGACAGAAGGUAGAGUACAUCAGCGCCCUGCUCUUCAGGUACCGGAAGAUCGCGCGCGAGAAGACCGCCGAGCAGUUGGCCGAGUUUGUGCAGCAGGACUUCGCGCAUGCCGAGGCUGGUGGUCUGCCGUCGCUCAGUAGACCGACUGUCGCAAAAGCCCGAUCCAAAACGGAUACUGACUAA